CUGAGCCGGGCCGAGGAGAGGAUCCAACCGAACCGGGCCGCCGCUGUCAUGCUUGUUGCGUUGGCCUCGCGGGGACGCGCCCUCCCGCUGCCGCUGCUGCCGCUGCUGCUGCCGAUGAUGAUGAUGAUGAUGCUCCUCCGCGGAGCUCAGGCAGAAGCCGGCACGGCGUACGAGUGCGGCGGGAAGCGGCCGUGUCAUUACCACGGGAUCAAAGGUCAGAAGGGGGAGCCCGGUUACCCGGGAUACGACGGCCUGCCUGGACUCGUCGGUUACCCCGGCAACGAGGGCGGCCAGGGACCGGACGGACUCCAGGGGCAGCGAGGCUUUGCGGGACGCGUGGGACUCAAAGGCUCUCGGGGUGUUCCAGGCCCUUCGGGUUUUCCGGGCCCUCCCGGCUUUCCGGGACUUCCAGGCGGCGAAGGCUCGGCGGGCCGACCGGGACUCCCGGGAUGCAACGGCACCGAGGGUCCCGACGGCUUCCGCGGCUCCCCCGGACUCCCGGGACCGGUCGGGCAGCGGGGUCGCCCGGGACCGCGAGGAGAAAAGGGAGUCUCGCCCGUCUUUCCGGAAUCUCCCGACAUCAAAGGCGCACAAGGACCGCGAGGACGGGAUGGAAUCCAGGGCUCGGGCGGAGAUCCGGGCGCGCCGGGCUUCCCGGGACCUUUGGGACCUGCUGGACUUCCUGGACGUCCGGGGUCGCCGGGCUUGCCGGGAGAGAAGGGUCAAGAGGGUCCCAGUCCGCUCAGUCCGGGUCCACAAGGCCUGAAGGGAGAUCGCGGACCCGUCGGGAUCCCGGGACAGAAAGGAAUCAAAUUGUACGCGGAGGGGCCCAAAGAACUCAAGGGUGAGCCGGGUGACAUUGGAGACAAAGGUUGCGCCGGACGCCCGGGUCCGACGGGAAGAGCGGGGACAAAAGGCGAGCCGGGCCGGCGAGGGGAGCCGGGCUCACCGGGAAAAGCGGGAAAGGACGGCGUCCCUGGAGAACUGGGACAACCGGGAGAAGCGGGGCCUCGCGGCUUUGCGGGCCCCCCGGGCAUCGAUGGAGUACGGGGGGAGAAAGGCGACUUUGGUCCUCCCGGUCCGCCGGGCGAGAUGUUCUGGACGCCUGCAUUUGUGAAAGGCCAGAGCGGGACUCCCGGCUCCCCAGGACCUCCGGGAGCCCGCGGAGAGCCAGGACUUGUGGGCUUUCCCGGACUGCAGGGCGAACCAGGGGAGGGCCCAACUGGUAGGCCGGGCCCUCGGGGCCUACCGGGCUUCGCGGGACCUAAAGGAGAGCAAGGAGAAACUGGGCCCGUCGUCAUUGGGCCUCCAGGACCUACCGGGGUCCCUGGAGGACCCGGACCUGAGGGAGAACCAGGAGAACCAGGAAUACCAGACUUCCUGCAAGGCGCGGUCGGAUCCCCCGGUGCCAAAGGUCCCAAAGGCCUGAGCGGACCCCCAGGGACCAGAGGCCGGGAAGGGCCGGAAGGUCAGAAGGGGGAGCCGUGCUUGGUCUGUCCGCCUGGAUCACCGGGCCAACCGGGGGAACCAGGUGCAGAUGGGCUCAAAGGUGCAACUGGGGCUCCGGGGUCCAAAGGCGAAAGAGGUCAGAAAGGUAUGGCUGGAGCACCUGGCCCACUGGGCCUCUUUGGUAUCCCAGGACCGCCAGGAGACUCUGGUCUAACGGGGGACCCUGGCAUCAUGAGGAGGUUUGGGCAGAAGGGUGAAGUUGGGGACCCAGGAGACUUUGGAGCGCUGGGCCUUGAGGGGACAGAUGGAGUUCCCGGAAUCGCAGGGCCCAAAGGCAGUCCGGGGCCCAAGGGAAACCCUGGACAAGGUACCAAAGGUUUCAGGGGUCCUGUUGGGUUGACUGGUUACAGAGGGCCACCAGGACAAAUGGGGCCACCAGGGGCUCCAGGCAUCGGAGCUCCUGGACCACCAGGACCACCAGGGAAUGUGGGAGUUUUGGGCCAGCCGGGAGAGCCCGGUAUACCAGGAGAAAAAGGUUCAGCUGGCAAAAUCAGAAGCAGCCCGGGAGAUCCCGGCCAGAAAGGAGUGAAGGGUUCAUCUGGCAAUCCUGGUUCAGAGGGGGUGAUAGGACGUCCUGGAACUCUGGGAUCGGUCGGUCUCAAGGGAGAGAGAGGACAAAAAGGAUUUACUGUCCAGGGUCAUCUAGGCUUUCCAGGAGUCAAAGGAUCCAAGGGCCUGGCGGGAGCUCCGGGUGUUCCAAGUUAUGGGAGUAAGGGCCGCCCAGGACCAUCGGGACCACCGGGAAGACCCGGCUUCAAGGGCAGUGCUGGUUUUGGUUUCCCGGGCCGGCAGGGCCAAAUGGGUCCCCAAGGAGAGGAUGGCUCUGUGGGAGCACCGGGGUCUGAAGGGCCCCAAGGAUCUGUUGGGCUUCCGGGUUCCACAGGACAAGAUGGAGCACCGGGGCCCAAAGGUUCCCGGGGUCGAGAUGGGCUUCCCGGACCACCUGGCCCCUUUGGACCUUGCUUUCUCGGAGCAUCUGGACCUGCAGGACAGCCCGGGCCAAUAGGAGUCAUUGGCUUCUCGGGAGGCCGGGGUGUCAAGGGUGAAAAGGGUGAUCCUGGGCUGCCAGGCAUGGGAGCUAUUGGGUCGCAGGGACCGUUUGGCGUCCCUGGGUUCGAUGGAACUCCAGGUCUGCAGGGAAGCAACGGUAUGAAGGGACAGACUGGGACCACUGGCCAGCCAGGACGUCCAGGUAUAAGGGGAGACUCUGGUCCCCCAGGCCCCCGUGGGAGUCCAGGGGACCUCGGGAAACCAGGAAAGCCUGGAAUUACUGGGCCAAAAGGCGAGAAUGGUGCCAGCGGUGCCACAGGUUCCCAGGGGCCACCCGGGCCUCCGGGGGACAGAGGGGAGAUGGGACCAAAGGGAACGCAGACCACUGUGGAGAUGUUUGGAGACCCUGGAGAUCCAGGAGAGAAUGGACCUCUCGGUCUGACUGGUGCUAAAGGCAAUGAAGGUACCCCAGGGCCUCCGGGUCUCGACGGCGCCAGUGGCAGACCAGGAAGAGCUGGACCUCAAGGACCCCCUGGAGAAGCAGGCAGAGAUGGACAGACAGGUCCUCCUGGUUCUUGCGGUCUCCUUGGGAACCCAGGGGACCUUGGAAAACCAGGUUGCAAAGGUGGAAAAGGUUCCACGGGGCCCUGUGGAGAACCCGGUUUUGAUGGAUUAGAAGGACCGGGGGGACUCAAAGGGGCAAAAGGGGAGCCCAGUUUACCUGGACCUGGAUUCAAAGGAUAUCCUGGAGAAAAGGGGCAGUCAGCUUGUGCAGGUACAACAGGUCCAAAGGGGGUGCCAGGAGACAGAGGAGACUUUGGUCCUCCAGGAGAUCGUGGUCCCUGUGGCCCUAAAGGAAAUGCUGGACCACCUGGUUGCAGAGGUCCUCCGGGUUCUCCUGGUGAGAAAGCUUGUGAUGGACCUCCGGGUGUCAGCGGACCUCCAGGACCUAGUGGCCUGACAGGUAACAAGGGAGCCCCUGGAAAUCCUGGUCCAUCUGGUCCCAGAGGAAACCAGGGACAAGAUGGCAUACCAGGACCUUCUGGAGAAAAAGGAGCCAUGGGAGAACCUGGAAUCGGAGCCAGGGGAGCAGAUGGGGCAAAAGGUCCACCGGGCUGUGUUGGAGAAAAGGGUCCUCCUGGUACUUGUGGCCAGCCAGGACCUUCGGGUCCUGAAGGAAAUCCAGGUUGCCCUGGUCCACCUGGGCUCCCUGGACUUCCUGGUGUUCGUGGCAGGCAGGGACCCUGCACUGAAGGAGAAAAAGGAGGAAAAGGACUGCCAGGAGAACGGGGACCAAGAGGUCCACCGGGGUGUCGAGGGCCCCCCGGCUCCCCAGGUUCUGGUCUUAAAGGAGAGAAGGGGUCUAAAGGGGCAACAGGUAACGCAGGAAGCCCUGGCUGCCGAGGUGAUCCUGGCCUGCCAGGCAUGCCGGGUCGAGAUGGAGUGCUGGGAGCACCGGGACGCAAAGGCUUCAUGGGGGAUACCGGGGUAACCGGACCUGUCGGCAUGAGAGGUGACGAUGGUCCAGCGGGCAUCAAAGGUUCUCCUGGGCCUGCAGGACCUACGGGGAGACGAGGGCAGAGGGGUAAGGACGUGUCCAGGGAGGUGGUGGUCCUAGCGGGAGACCAAGGGUUGCCUGGAGAUCAGGGACUGCCAGGACAACCAGGGACCCCAGGAAGGCAAGGGAGAACCGGAGAUCCAGGUCCAAAAGGUGAUCGGGGUGGUGCUGGAUGGACAGGUGGGCCCGGAUUUGCAGGACUGAAAGGGGACACUGGAGACAGAGGAGACCCCGGACUAAAAGGUGUGACGGGUCCACCAGGUUCCACAGGUGCAAAGGGUGCGCGGGGUCCCCCGGGUUUGUGUGUGGACACCCCCGAGAAAGACGGCUUCCUGUUCAGCCGGCACAGUCAGAAUGUUCAAGUACCGGAAUGCCCCCCCGGAUCCGUCAAGGUGUACAGCGGCUUCUCUUUGCUCUUCAUCAACGGGAACAACCGAGCUCACGGCCAGGACUUGGGAGCUCUGGGCAGCUGCCUCCCACGUUUCACCACCAUGCCGUUCCUCUUCUGUAACACGGACAGCACCUGCCGCUACGCCGCGCGCAACGACUACUCCUAUUGGCUGUCCACCGACCAAUCUGGAGUCAGCACCAUGCCCUUCAUCUCGGGACCGCUCCUGAAGAAUUACAUCAGCCGGUGCAGCGUGUGCGAGUCGCCGGCCAACGUGAUGACGGUCCACAGUCAGACGCGUUUGCUUCCCGAGUGUCCUUCGGGUUGGGACUCUCUGUGGUCGGGAUUCUCCUUCGUGAUGGAAACGGGAGUGGGGGCGGAGGGUUCGGGUCAGCCGCUGUCGUCGCCCGGAUCGUGCCUGGAGAACUUCCGCAAGAUUCCCUUCAUCGAGUGUCACGGCAGAGGGACGUGCAACUUCUACACCGACUCGUACUCGUACUGGCUGGCCGCGCUGGACCCGCGUCACAUGUUCAGCAAACCCGAGCCUCGAAGCGAAGCCGGGGACCUGCCGGAAAAUUUGAUCAGCCGUUGCAGAGUUUGCUCCAAGCGCCUGUGAAACCCCCUGCGCCGCCCACGCUGCCCACAACAACAACAACAACAAACACAGAUGCAGACGCCGUCAUGGACACAAGUGACAUCGGCGUGACCAACACGCCACCAUCCUUACCCGCAACACCCUGAGCUGCACCAAAACUGCAGAGUCCAACAACAGCGGUGCCUUGAGCUACGACUUGAAAUCAUUCCCAUUCGUAACGCAGAGCGCUCCUAUCGCAAAGCCUUUUGCCGCGUCGAAAUGAAUGGACGUGCCCCAAAAUGGCACUGUGCCAAAAUGCUGCUUCUGAUCGGAAGGGUGAGAGAAUGAUUGCGAACGGGGCCGCCCGCCUUGGCGAUCAUUCUUGUCUCUCCACUCCCUAUCACUCCAAGUAGCAACGUGACAAGAUUUGUCCGAAAUGGGCAACCUGGGUGCAAUGCGCCAAAAUCUUGUAAAGCGAGACGGUGGCUUCGGGAGAAAUGAAGAAAGGGACCGUUUUGGGGGAAGCUCGUUGUAUGAUCUCUGCUCAAAAAUUGGAGCGUAGCAGUCUAACACGGUCGUUUGCCCGCUUGUCUCCCGGGCCCUUUGGUUUCGCCGGCUGCUCGGGGAAAGCCUUCUCCGAUUGGCUGACAAGUUUCAGUCGCACACGGCCGCCAACAACACCGCGUGGGCCAAAAUUCCAGGACGCAUCCAAACGACGUUUGACGCUUCGCAAACGAUGUGAUUUGAUCUGUCACGGAGGAUUUGACGGGUGUUUUUGAAGGGCUCGUUCGGCGUUUUAGAGAAAAUUUCCCAAAGCUGGCGGCCACUUGUCACGUUGCUUCUCGAGGUGACUCGGACAGAUGCUUGGCAUUUGGCCUUUUGCAGAGAGGAUAAAGAAGAUGUGUCUGCGACCACGGCGAUAGCUGCCCACGUGUUUGUUUGAAGAUCCGUCGCUUCAAAGCAUCUAAGAGCGCAACGCGGGAUGCCGACUGUUAGCAUGUCAAUGACAUUUUCCAUUCUACGUUAGCGUUACGCUAGCGCGCUGUUCUUAGGGCAGCGCAGUUUGCUCGUAAUGACCCAAAGUGUAACGGUCUUGCUUUUGUGUUUGGUUGUCGAGUAAACUUCCGCUGGGUAUGGCACGAAA